AUGAAGCCCCACACCUCUUCUUCAAACUCUAUACAAAAACAAUCUUUACACCGGGGGCCCCCCCCAUUCAUUCGCAAGACGCACACACGAACGCUGCCGCAUAACAAACACUCACGCCGGGGGGCCCCUGAUGAUGAGCUGGGGGCCCCAGAUGAGGGCCGGGGGGCCCCUGAUGAUGAGCUGGGGGCCCCUGCUGAUGAGCUGGGGGCCCCUGAUGAUGAGCUGGGGGCCCCUGAUGAUGAGCUGGGGGCCCCUACUGAUGAGCUGGGGGCCCCUACUGAUGAGCUGGGGGCCCCUGAUGAUGAGCUGGGGGCCCCCGGUUGUGGGUUAGGGGCCCCCGGUGAUGAGCUGUGGGGCCCCGAUGAUGAACACGGGGCUUCAGAUACUGAACUGGGGGCCCCUCUAACUGAGCUGGGGGCCCCCUGA